AUGUCUACGUACAGGACGAUGCUGACUAGCGUGCUGGUGCUACUGGUCGUGGCCAGCGUGUGCGAUUGCCGGAUAAACAACCUCCCCACGCGGUGCAUGCCAGGGCUGCUGGAGGACGCGCCGCCCAAGGUGCGAGAAGCGUGUUUGACUUUGUCCACCAUCCGCACCCUAUCGAACGCCAUCGAAACAUUCAUCCAAGACAAACAGUUUCCGAUGCCUAUGCCUUACAGCAGAAUGUCUGAUGGAUUGGUCGAUACAGCGAUGCAAAAUGAUAAACGCCAAGACCUGGACCACGUAUUCCUCAGAUUCGGUCGCAGAAGACGUUAA